CGUCCCAUCUGCGCAUUUCGGACGGGAGCGGUGGUGUGCGAGUUGCAGUCGGGUGCUGGGUUCCUUUCAUCCUGAUUUCUGUUUGACAAGAGUAAAAGAACCAGAGCUCUGUUAAUUAUCAACUAACGCUUUCUGAGCUGUAACCAUGAGGGAAAUCGUGCACAUUCAAGCUGGCCAGUGCGGAAAUCAGAUAGGCGCCAAGUUUUGGGAAGUUAUCAGUGACGAGCAUGGCAUUGAUCCAACAGGAACCUACCAUGGUGAUAGUGACCUCCAGUUAGACAGGAUCAGCGUUUACUACAAUGAAGCCACAGGUGGCAAAUAUGUACCUAGGGCAAUUUUGGUUGAUCUUGAGCCGGGAACAAUGGACUCUGUGCGCUCUGGACCAUUUGGACAAAUCUUCAGACCAGAUAACUUUGUAUUUGGUCAAAGUGGAGCAGGAAACAACUGGGCCAAGGGUCACUACACAGAGGGUGCUGAGCUUGUGGAUUCUGUUCUAGAUGUGGUGAGGAAGGAGGCAGAAAGCUGUGACUGCCUCCAGGGCUUUCAGCUUACUCAUUCUCUAGGAGGUGGCACAGGCUCUGGCAUGGGUACCCUUCUUAUCAGCAAAAUAAGAGAGGAGUACCCUGACAGGAUCAUGAAUACCUUCAGUGUAGUGCCCUCUCCAAAAGUAUCAGACACUGUAGUAGAACCUUAUAAUGCCACCCUAUCUGUACAUCAGCUUGUGGAAAACACAGAUGAAACCUACUGUAUUGAUAAUGAAGCUCUCUAUGAUAUCUGUUUCCGUACUCUCAAGCUGACGACUCCCACUUAUGGAGACCUCAACCAUCUUGUCUCUGCUACAAUGAGUGGUGUUACCACUUGUUUGCGCUUUCCUGGUCAACUUAAUGCUGAUCUACGUAAAUUAGCAGUAAACAUGGUCCCUUUCCCCCGAUUACACUUCUUCAUGCCUGGCUUUGCACCCCUUACUAGCCGAGGCAGCCAGCAAUAUCGUGCUCUGACUGUGCCUGAGCUUACCCAGCAAGUGUUCGAUGCUAAAAACAUGAUGGCAGCCUGUGAUCCACGCCAUGGUCGCUACCUCACUGUGGCAGCAGUUUUCCGUGGUAGAAUGUCCAUGAAGGAAGUUGAUGAACAGAUGCUCAAUGUUCAGAACAAGAACAGCAGCUACUUCGUAGAAUGGAUUCCUAACAACGUGAAGACUGCAGUAUGUGACAUUCCACCCAGAGGGCUUAAGAUGGCAGUCACAUUCAUUGGCAACAGCACAGCUAUCCAGGAGCUUUUCAAGCGUAUCUCAGAGCAGUUCACUGCCAUGUUCAGGCGCAAAGCUUUCCUUCACUGGUAUACUGGAGAGGGGAUGGAUGAGAUGGAGUUCACUGAAGCAGAGAGCAAUAUGAAUGACCUGGUGUCUGAAUACCAGCAGUAUCAGGAUGCUACUGCUGAAGAAGAAGGAGAAUUUGAGGAAGAAGCUGAAGAGGAUGCUUAAAAUUUGAGCCCUAAAGAAAAAGUUGGGAAGAAUAGAGGGCAGGGUAGAGUUGUUUAAAGGCUGAUCUUAAUUCUGUCACUGAGCUUUUUACCAUUCAGUAUUGGGGUAAUCGUUUCACUUUGAACAGCUUCAUUUUUAGAAACAGGCAUCAGUUAGGUUACUUCAUCAAAUUACACAUGUUGGACGUUUUAUGUGUUUGCUUGUACUCCAAAUCUGGUUUGUGAAUGCGUCUCGCAUUAUGAAAUUGGAUUCAGAAGGUGGGUAGUAGGUUGGAUCCAAACAGAUGAACAUUUAAGUCCUGAGAAAAGGGGUGUGAUUUUGGCUAGCGCUGAGAAACGUUUGGUCCUGAUCAUCAGAAAUAGAGGUUAGUGGAAUAAAGUGAAGGAUCUUUCAGUAAGCAGCAGGUUGGAUUUUAAAAGUAGGCAUGAAAAGCUGACCGAAAUUUGUAAUAUUGCAAUAUUUGUCAGGUAUAAAUUUGGGAAGAUCAUUGUUGACAUAGUGCAGACAGAGUGAAUUAUGAAAAAUAUUAAACAUUUACCUAAACUCUAAAACUGGCAAACUAAAAUACAUGCCUUAAUGAUAAUUUUAAAAAUCUAAUAAAGGAACUCUUUACUGAAUGAGAAAAGCUCAGUAUGUUUUUUGUUUUUGCACUGUCUUAAUCUUAUCCUUUUACUGUCUCCUCUUAAAAACA